AUGACCCCAAUAAUUGACCUCCAACUCGCAUUUUCUCCACUAACUCGUCAAUACCUUAUUGAUGCCCUCAGAGAAGCCCUCAUCCACGAAGGCUACUUUAUAAUAACAAACUAUGAAGACUUUCUAGACCCCAAAAUCGUCUCAGACGUAACAGCUUUAACUCCCAAAUUUUUCAACCUUCCUCAACUUACAAAAGAUUCCAUGACAAUUACUAAAUCAAGGAACUUUCGUGGUUAUUACAAUAGUGCUAAACCCAAAUCAGAUCCUAUUAAACCAUCAUCUUCCUCUCUCGAAGCUGCUUUCCCUGCACUUGAACAUCCUUCAAUUGUGUCUUCUCCUAAACCUACUACUAGUUCAUUUAAUAAAAAUCCAACUCUCUCAGAACAAAUUAUCUUUGGCAUGGAUUCAGUAGCUACAGCUCAUCUUCUUACUCGCGGUGAACCAGUUAAAGAACAAAAAUUAGUUGCUAUGCUACGCGGACCUAACCAAUACCCUUCUUCCCUAACAAUUCCUAGAUUCAAACAAAAAAUUAAUAAAUUUGCAGACACAAUGAAUGCCUUUUCUUACAAAUUUGUCUCGGAGCUGGUCACCGAGGCCCUGGGGCUUACUAACUCACCAUUCUAUACUCUUUUUGAAGAAUCUCCGCUACUAGCAUGUCAUAAAAUCAAACUCACACGACACGCACCUACAAUAAAAAAACACCCUCUUAUUCCAGAAGACCACAGCAAUAAGCAACAACUCUCUGCCCAUGAAUCACCAGUCAAAGAUACCUAUGGAACUAAAGACGAUGGAUCCCUUUUCACCUUUAUCACUCCUUCUAAAGAUGCUUCUCUCUCUAUCAUCAAACCUUCAGGCCAAAGUGUUUCAAUUCCACAAAGCAGUCUCCCUGCUAAUUGCUUCAUCGUCACUGCUAGUGAGUACCUUUCCGUUCUCACUCAAGGUUUCAGUACAAGCGCUGUACUCAAGGUAGCCGCGCCGGCCGUGGACGAGUACGACGAUAUUGAUCUUGUAUCUCCUGCCCCCAUCACUACUCCAAUCCAUGUCACUUCCUUUUCCCAAUGCAUUUCCAUCGACUUUGUUUACCAAAAUUUCACUUUCCCCAGUGCCGCACUGCCCCGUGCCCAAGCCGCUCAAGCUGCACGGUUGGCCCAUUUGGGUGAAGGUGCAAUUAAAGACCCCGCACCAAGUAUAUUCAUUGACUUUGGUAUGAAGGUAUUCAUCAACACAGCGAGACUUCAUCCUCAUACUACCUCGAAGUGGUACCCACGAUUUGCCAUGCGCUCUCUCAGAGGUGGGAAUGGUAAAGAUGCUGCAAAUAGAAACUCGCAAAACAGUGCAGCAUGGGCCAAACUUGAAGAUGAGCUGGCGCGGCUACGUCAAAUCUUUGCAUCUGUGGAUGCCAGUAUUGUUGAACAUUCCAUUUCCUCAAUUGUACCUAUCACUCUUCCCAAGCUCAGAGAAUCGGCAGCCCUCAACUCGGAAUACCUAGUGGAUCUCAAUGCCCUUAGACAAAUAAAUACCAUCUGGCCUGAAGCUUAUUUUCUCAGCGUCUCAAUGUUUGAUGAUAAAACGCCUACCAUCCAGUUUGGUUCAUCAGCAGAAAACUCACAAGGAACUUCUGAAAGCCCAGCUCGCAGUGCUCCGCGAUCACCUCAAAAACGCAAGCAAGUAUUUGCAAGCAAGUGUCGGAAUUGGGUCGACAAUGCGUUCCCGAAAGACUCAGAUACAGUUAACGAAGAGUACUUGGAGAUCCCCCUAGCACCUGUUGAUCCAAUUGUCCUGGGUAGCCCACGCAAACGGUCACUGGACGAAAUGGCAUGUGUCAGUGCUGCAGUCCCCGCUGCUGCAGAAAGCCCACAAGCACCGGCGUCAACCAAGCGCCAACGCAUUAUGGGGUUGGUGCGCGGGUCGCCCUCACCCUCUAAAAUGAAGCUUAGUAGCCGGCCGUUUCCUUGUGGAUCUCCCAUGGCAUCGCGUGCCGGAUCCUCACUUUCGUUUAACGCUCGACUCGCCAACACAGCUGCCCCUGGAACCCCGCGUGCUCUUCGCCAGUCCAGUUUCGGAUCUCCUUCUGUUUCAUCGUCACCUGCUUCGCCAUCAAAAGUUUUGGAGCGAAUCCGUGCCAAGGAACAAGCUCAGCGGGAAGAAGAUCUGAGUCUUGCAUUUCCUCCAAUUGGUGGCAAGGAUAAUCUUGAAGGUGGUCAAAACCUUGGAGGGUCAUCAUCAGCAUCUGCUGAGCCUCUUUCUCCAUACGAAGAGUAUGUGCUUGGCAAGCUGCCAGCCGUGGCCGGGGUUGUUAUUGGUCUGCGCAAGCCUCGCAGUGCUGUUGAGGUAUUGUCACUUGCUGACACUGUGAAGAAGAUUCGCGACAGUUUGGGUACAGGUCUAAGUGAGCAGGAGACAACCGAUAGUUUACAGAUGCUUUCUGUACGUGUACCUCGGCUUGUUUCACUGACGACAGUUGGUGCACUAACAAGUGUACGCGUUUAUGGAGGCAUGACUUUAGAGGACGCGAAACUAGCAAUUGCUAGUUAUGGAACUAUACUGAACAGCGACUCGUCCACAGAUGAAGACGAGAAGGGUAAGAAGGUGUUGCGGAGUGCAAGAAAGUCAAUGUCUCCUAGAAAACAACGGGCAGAGGCUGCUGCUGCUUCUGCUGCUGCAUCAGAGGGUGUAGCUUUAACCAACAAGACACAGGAAUCUCCGUUGAUGACACCUCCACAAACACCUACCAGAAGAAAUCAUGCACGGUUGGAUGCUUUGGAAACAACGCCAAUGUCUGCUCGUCAAUUGCUUCGAUCUGCGGCUCGUGUUCUUCAAAAAAGGAAUGAAGUUUCUCAGUAA